UCAAGCGCUGUGGCUCAUUUUAGUUUACGCAUUCGUGGGAAAGGGCUUGGCGUAGCGCUACUUCCCUAAAAGGAAGAAAACGUUACCGGAUGGUGAAAAAUCGAUACUCUUGUCAGAAGUAAAGAUUAUAGUGCACCGAGUUGAGAAAUGGUUAACAGUCACUGUUCAUAAUAUUAUUGUGCUAAUACCAGGAUAAGGUUUUUGCACGCGUAAUCUAUAAAAACGUCUAUGCAAUCAGGAAUCAAUAUAUUGGCUUAAAUGGCACGUUCCCCGUAUGUAGUCGGGGAUUUGUGCCUUGAUUGCAACAAUGUUACAUCCGCCGUUCAACCAAUCAAGUCCCCUAGUUUCAUUAAUAAGGGCACAAAUUAAAUUGAUGCACAUCUUCGCUAAUUUAUUUUAUUAGAUAAAUGGAUAAAUUAUGUUCGAAUGCGCCACCGCAAAUGUUGCCCCGCUUCGAAUUUUCCCAGUUCUGAUUCAAAAUGUAAAGUUAUAGGAUAUCAAAAUCAGAAUUAGGAUUACAAAUCGACCCUUCCUUUAGGAUACCACACCGCUGACCACCAGCAGCUCUAAAUCAACAUCAACGACUGUCCGGAAAGCGCCGUCAUCAUCGCAGGAAGCUCGUGAAGAGAAAAAGCAAAAACGGACGUUUGAAGAUGAUCAUGAUAAAUCCAAAAAAUUGAACAUUCAAGGCAAAAAGUCUACUGACGCUAGUCUAAACAAGAAGAGCUCGAAAGAUGUCAGCAAGGAUAAAACCAGCAAGAAGCGCACCAAAAAGAAACCCCAGAGUUCCACACACCGCAGCCGCACCGCGCAACAAACCGCAAUUUGGUGAAGGACCAAUACACUCUAAUCACGAUGCAUCAAGGAUGAGUGCUACUAUUUUAGACCUGUUUGAUUCCUGCAUCCGCACAUAUGAUGAAUGGAAACGUUCGCAUUCAUCGUCUUCAUCAUCCGGCAGUGAUUCUUCGUCUUCGUCAUCCUCUUCAUCGUCCUCUUCCGGAAGCGACUCUAGCAGCGACAGUGACAGCAGCAGUAGCAGUAGCAGCAGCAGCAGCAGUGUCAGCAGCUCCAAGGAUCGCAAAUCUCGAAAGAAAUCGAAGAAAGCGCCCAGCAGCAAAGCGCAUAGCACUACUGCUACUACUACGCAAAAAGGAGUUUCCGAGGUAUCUACUUCGAAGCACAGCAGUGAAAAGGUAGCCAAACUGACGUCCCCUUCAUCGUCCGAUAGACGAUCACCACCGAUUAAAAAGCCGAAAACAAAUGAUGAGAGCCCGGUUAGAUCAAGUCGUAGCAGUGUCGAUCACAAAAAAGGAAACGCAGAUCGAGAGAAGCGUCGCGAACGAAGCAUUUCUCGCGAUCGCCACGAAGAUAGCAAGCGUCACAGCGAUAAAGGAAAAGAUCGUCGUGAUCGUGACUGGCGUGAUAAGGAACACACCUCGUCGAAACGCGAUCAGGAGGAUAACCGUGACCGUGAUCGACGAGAUAAGUACUCCAGUCGUAGCAGCGGUGAUAGACGCGACAAACAUGACGACAGACGCGACAAACAUGACCGCUAUGAGAGGAAGGAACGUGACCGUAGCCGAGAUAGAAAGGAUAAACGCGAUUACGACAAAGAUCAUCGCAGUAAAAGAUCAUCAUCUCGAGACCGAAAGCAAAAAUCGAGCGUUGAAAGAGGCAAGAAAAGAUCCCACUCUAGAAGCAAAUCUCCCGUUAAAAAUAGUUUCUCUCCGAGCAAAAUUCCCCCACAGAUGGAAACAAAGCCGUCAACGUCAGCAAUUGGAUUCACUCCCGGCAUAAAACCAACUCCAACCCCGCCAGCUUUUAUCCCACCAUUAAUGGGAAUUAAUGUCGGGCCAGUAGAUCUGCCGUCGAGGCCAAAUGUGGCUGGCGGCGGUCUUUCGAUAGAGGCAACUGCUGCUCUAACCCGUAGCACAUUGAUCCGAAAUAACGUGAAGGCAGCCCAGUUGGAUAAGAUGGGCAUCGAUAUACUGCAGCAGAGCAAGAAAGCCGUGGAAGCGGUUCCGUUGCCAUCGUACUAUAACCCAGGCGUUGUUAAUCCUGUUCGAUACGCCGACCAGGUACAGAAGCGAAAGUUACUCUGGAGUCACAAAACACCUGAGAGCAAGGAUGUCACCACCAAUAUCAGCAAAUGGGAGCAGGCAAAAUUCUCGCAGGAUAAGGAUGGUAAAGUGGCAUCCAAGUUUCUGCGUUUGAUGGGCGUAAAAGAUGGUCAGAAGGUGCCCGGUGAAGCCAAUGCAAAACCUGGUAACAGCACGGGGGACAGUAUUAACAAACAAGAAGAACUUUUCUCAACGAUGGAACAACAGUACGAAGUGGCACGACAGGUAACUCACACGAUGCGAGGCGUCGGACUUGGUUUCAGCUCUCAGCCACGUACCUUCUAGAACCAGGGUAAUUAUGAUUGGAUCCCGCAAAGCUGUCAUUCAAAAGUAGCGUGUAGACUGUCUUAAGAAUAUAUAUAUAUAUAUCCAACUUAUCUAUUGAGCCCCAAAAUAGUAAUUUGCCAAAAUUGCGAGAAUCGAGCUGUACAGUCGGCAGUUUCAGAGUGAACUUGUGCUCUUCCUUAGCGAUAUCAAGGUUACGUUACUUCUCUGUUUAGCAUGGAAUGUUCAGAUCAGCAAAUGGGUAUGUAGCAUUCGUACCGAGCGAGUAAGUCAGGGAUAUGCUUCGAAUAAUUUUGCACUGAAUACUUCACACACCAUGCGGGUGUGUAAUAAUCAAGAUUCAAUAAAUUGAAUGAAAGAAAAA